AUGCUGAGUAAGACCGCUUUACGGGGUACGCUCCGGGAGGCCCAAGGCACCGAGGACAUUGACAGCGAUCUCCGUGAUACGGAAGCACUGGUGGCUAAGUUGAAGGUACUGCUCGACGCUCAGAAGGAUCGGAUGGAGCACUAUCGCGCCCAGCUCGAGCAGCAAGAACGCGUACGCCAGGAGUGGCGGAAGGAGGCAGCCAAUAUCAGAGCACAGGCCCGACAGAAGCGGGCUAUUUUUGAGCAGCUUACCAAGCAAUUGGCGCAGAUUCGGGGUGCCAUCGCUCGCGAGACUCGAUAUCAACAGGUGGUGGAAAAUGCCGAAAUUGCCAUCGCAGGCGAUGACUUAAGUGUGGAAGACCAUACACCCCAGCGCCACCGGUCAGUGGAUUUGACCAGUAUCACUAGCAGAGAGCUGUUGGUGUCGGAGGCUUCCUUGAAUUCACAUAAUCUUGAGGAUAUUAUUGUAUCUCGGGGCGAGUCUCUCACCUCUGUGGGGCUGGUUUCCUUGGAUGGAGAAGCAAUUGAGGAGUCUUAG